CGGGAACAUGUCGACUCGUUCCGGCGCACGAUAAAGACGAGCGAACAAAUGCGGCGGCAGUUGAGCCCUUGCACUGCAGUCUGUAGAACUGCAGACACAACUCGAAUACGGGAAAGAACCGCAAGUAUAUGCGCGUCGUAUAGCGCAGCCCUGCCAGAUUUUUCGACUUCGCCCUUGUGGAGACGCUGUUCACCGAGUGCCAUUCAGUUACGGUGGCGUUACCGGAAACACUAAGGCGCAUUGAGAUCCUUAUAUCUAUAUGACCAAAGGUCAUCAGUAGAACGCGUACUACAGCGGCCGCCCCCGCACUGCACUGCACUCCAACACUUUUGGACAGCGCUGGAGCUAAACAAUGGGUGAACACUGCUAUCAAUGUGGGACCAGGAGCAAGCAGUGCAUUCGAUGCCGCCAGAAGUACUGCCGACAUGUUUCGACGCAGACUGAUGAACGUAGUUCAGAGGUCCCGUUAUCCGAGUCUCUCGAGUCCGGCGACCUUGCUGAUGUGGAGUUCUAUGUUGAAUGCGGGCAUUUCCCAGACCAGCGUGAAACCUUCAAGGCGCAUAAGAUGAUCCUGGCUUUGCGGAGUGACGUGUUCAAGGCCAUGUUUUAUGGCGACUUCGCCAAGGAGGAUCGCAUAGUCAUCACUGACUUGCACCCAGAGGGCGUCCGUGGCCUCUUGCGGUACUUCUACAGCGGCCGCCUGGAUGUGGCAAACGUGCACCAGGCCGCCUGCACCCGCACCGCUGCUUCCAAGUACCUCCUCCCGGAGCUGGAGCAGAAAUGCACCGAAUUCAUGCGCCGCUGCAUGAGGCUCGACGAUGUGUGUCCUCUCCUGGACUACCUUCUGACCAUGGGCGAAAAAGAUCUACACGCUCCCGCCGGUGACCUCAUCCGCAAGCAGAGUGCCGACGUGCUUUCCUCUUCAAAGUUCAAGUCCUCCACCGAGGCCACCGUGAAAUACGUGCUCGAACAUGUUACCAAUGUGUCGGAGGCAUCGGUGUUAAACGCCGUCUACGCCUGGACACGUGAGCAGUGCUCCAAGCGAUCCUCGGGUAACGGUAACCCGGCUAAUGUCUUUCGGUCCGUCAUGAUGCCACUCUUCCCCCAGCUGCGGUUUCUCACACUGACUGCGACGCAGUUCGUAGAAGGUCCCAGCAAGUGGGGAAUCUUUACCGACGCCGAAGCAUGGGCCAUUCUUAGCAAUAUCGUCAAAGAUCGCUCGAUGCCUAUGCCAAAGGGAUUCUGCGAGAUCCGUGAGCCCCGCGUGGCCCCCCGUUUACAUGACAGACGCCUAUAUUGACCGGGGAAAAAAUGUACUUACUAAUUCAAUUCAUUCGUAAUCUAGCGGGCAGCGCAAUAACUAGCGAUAGCAGCGCAGAAACUCUUUUCUCCCCUCGUCUUUUGCGCAAAAGGCUGCGUUCGUCUCCUACCCAACAUGCCGAAACGGUCGCCACUUUCGAUACCCACAUUCCAUAAGACUGGACAUUCGCACAUAAGUUCACAUAUUUCGUGCGGUUUCAUUCGUCCGCCGCACACAACGCUGCCAGUGCGUCUGUUGUUUCCGUCUACCUCUCUCCUUUAUUUUUCUUUCUUUUUUUGUACUCUAAAGCGUAUAUAUGAUGUACCUCUGCGCAGCAAUGCGUUUUCCUCGAAACUUUGUCGCAGGUGUCUUCCUUCUCUUGAAUGCAAGUUACACAUCUGUAACGUUUCAUCUCUUUGGAGAGUUAGAACGUAUUGUUGCACAUAUAAUUCGAAGAGCUCGAAACGUCUCUUUAUUGCAUAUGUCUAAUACAGUGCCGUGUAUGACGCAGACAACUUUUGGUUUUGCAUAGGAAACAAAUGUGUCAGAAAAGCGUACUUUUGAUACUUCGAGUGAUAAUUACCUGCCGGUCAACAACUCGCCGAACAGCGCGCUUGGAACUACAUGUUGUCAAGGGAAAAACUAGCAUAUUGAGUAUAUUUUUACGCCAACCGACGCAAUGACUCUUUUCUCCGAACAGGAUCGAGCGCCGGGAGACAUUCUCCGGAAAGGCAACAAAAUAAAAAUAAAUAAAAAAUAACGUCCAAUC